GCAUGUUUGAAAUUAAUUCGACGAUUUCUUGUGGACGAUCGAGUGGUCUUAAAUCGAAGGAUGAGUAAAAAUCGUACAGCCCGCUCAACUCCUUGAGAUACACGAGGCGAACCCCGUAGCGCGUUGUUGUGAUCUAACAUGGCGGAGUGUAGUGUUGUGGCUGCUCAGUGUCUAUGUCAAUUUUAGGCUGAUUCUGGCUGGUAAGAACGGAAAGAUUGCGAUGAUCGGCGAUCGGUGUGUCGCGUGGGAUCGAUUAAAGUAGCCGUGCACUUACGGGCUGAUCUAUCGUAAGAGGAUUGAAUUGAAUAUCUGUUCCCUUCGUCGCGGGAAUCGUACACAGCGGUGAGAGAGAGCACGCAGAGUGCCCGUCUUCCCAGCAACAAAAUUUUCACCCGACCUUUCACGAGAACGAGUCCGGCGCGUCCGCAAUACUCGCCGUGAUACCCAGAUUUCGCUUCGUCGUAUCUAAGCGACACGUGAUCGCGGGAACGUGCACAGCGUAAACUUUUCCCGCGCGUCCUGAGAGGUUUUCUUGGCGCAAGAAUCAAGGCUUAUGCAACAACCAGCGCAUAAACAUCUAUUACGGUAAACAAUCGUCGUUCCGUCAACCAAAACUCGGAGGCAUGCGAGCUGCGUGACAGAUGAUCGCGCGAGCUGAUGUUACAUCCAGACGAUUUUAGUGAGAACAUACGAUAUCGUGUAUGUAAGUUCGUCGAACGAGGUAUUAUACAAUUAGUGUGGGGGAGCCUGAGAAAGGACACACACGUGAAGUCUCCAAUAUUUCGAGAUAGUCGUUUAUGGAAAUGAAUAAAAAUAUGAAUUUCUGGAUCCACAAUUGAGCAAAGAAGAACGUGGUAUAUAUGCAUGGAUUGAAACGUUGAGAGGACCUUGUAUACUCAAAACAGUGUUUUCAUAUUGUACAGUUAAUAAGAAAUCUUAAUGGGUGUCAAAGAGGUAACUGACAGACCGAUACGUGCAGGUUUUUAUGCAUUCGAUAUAUCGAAAAGUUGAGAAUCCUUGAUAAGUAUAUUUAAAGAACCAAAGAGUUGGUAAGUGUAAACGGAAAAGGGAUGCGAGGUAGUUGGUGAUAUUAUACGACAGUCUGUACAAGCUAUCAUUUGCAACAUGACGGACACACGAAGAAGAGUGAAGUUAUAUGCACUCAAUGUUGACAGACAGUGGGACGAUCGUGGCACAGGACACGUCUCUUCUUCGUAUGUAGAUAGACUGAAAGGAAUAUCGCUUUUGGUCAGAGCAGAGAGCGAUGGCUCUGUUCUGUUAGAAAGUAGAAUACAACCUGAUACAGCGUAUCAGAAGCAACAGGAUACUUUAAUAGUAUGGUCAGAAGGCGAGAACUUUGACUUAGCCUUAAGUUUUCAAGAGAAGGCUGGCUGUGAUGAGAUUUGGGAGAAGAUAUGCCAAGUUCAAGGAAAAGAUCCAUCCGUUGAAAUCACCCAGGAAAUCGUUGAAGAAUCGGAAGAUGAACGAUUCGAUGACAUGUCCGAUGCCGCCCCGCCGAUUGAAUUACCUCCUUGCGAAUUGAGCAGAUUGGAAGACAUCAACGAACUAAUAGGAAAUUGUUUAUCCUCUCAAAUAAGGAAGGAUAAAUUGGCGUUGGCUUUAGAAACAGAAGGGUACAUUAAGAAGCUGUUGAAUUUGUUUCACACUUGCGAGGAUUUAGAGAACAUCGAGGGACUACACCACCUGUAUGACAUAUUUAAGAAUAUUUUCCUACUUAAUAAAAACACGUUGUUCGAAGUUAUGUUUAGCGAGGACACGAUUUUCGAAGUUGUUGGUUGUUUGGAGUACGAGCCGACGUUACCUCAGCCGAAGAGGCACAGAGAAUACCUUCGACAAUUAGCCAGAUUUAAGCAACCGAUUCCUAUAACGAACGCCGAGUUGUUAGCUAAAAUUCAUCAGACGUAUCGGGUUCAGUACAUUCAGGACGUGGUCUUGCCGACGCCGAGCGUGUUCGAGGAUAACAUGUUGAACACUCUGAGUAGCUUUAUAUUUUUUAAUAAGGUGGAAAUAGUAACCUUGAUACAAGAUGACGAGAAAUUCCUUAACGAACUGUUCCGCCAGUUGACCGACGAGGCGACGUCGGACAGCAAGAGACGCGAUCUCGUUCUUUUCUUAAAAGAGUUUUGUAACUUUUCGCAAAAUCUUCAGCCACAAGGGAAGGAGGCAUUUUAUAAAACUCUAACAGCGCUUGGUAUUCUGCCCGCGUUAGAAAUUACUUUGGCGAUGAACGAGGCCCAAACAAAAACGGCCAGCAUAGACAUACUGACGUAUAUAGUCGAAUAUUCUCCGAGCGUCGUUCGGGAUUAUACAUUGCAACAAAUAAACAAUACAGAACAGGACCAAAUGUUAAUAAACGUGAUAGUUGCUCAACUGGUCGGCGACAGCGACCCAGAAUUGGGCGGAGCCGUACAGUUGGCUGGCGUCUUACGUCUGCUCCUAGAUCCGGAGAACAUGUUGGCUUCCGUUAACAAGUCAGAAAAGACUGAUUUCUUAAACUAUUUCUACAAGAAUAGUAUCGGGACGCUAAUCGCGCCGCUGUUAGCGAACACGAUCGGGGAUCGACCGGCGAGGGAGGAUUAUAGAACCGUGCAGCUUCUAGGAUUGAUUUUAGAGUUACUAUCGUUCUGUGUCGAGCAUCAUACGUACCACAUCAAGAAUUGCAUACUGAACAAAGAUCUACUUAAACGAAUAUUGGUUUUAAUGAAGUCGACGCACACAUUUUUGGUACUGUGCGCGUUAAGGUUUAUGAGAAAGAUCGUGGCGCUGAAGGACGAAUUCUACAAUAGGUAUAUCAUUAAGGGAAACUUGUUUGCGCCUGUAUUCGACGCGUUCGUCAGAAACAAUGGUAGAUACAAUUUGUUGGAUUCCGCUAUUCUCGAGAUGUUCGAGUUUAUUAAACUGGAGGAUAUCAAGUCGUUAUGUUCGCACGUUGUUGAAAAUUUCUCCAAAGAACUGGAAGCGACCGAUUAUGUACAAACGUUUAAGGCAUUGAGAUUAAGGUAUGAACAGCACCAAGACAAGUUGAAAGAUCGGGAUAGAGCAGCUCUUGACAGCGUUCCAUCCAUAUUGAGGAAUAGUCGAUACAGAAGGGACCAGAGACAGCUAGAUGAAGAGGAGGAAAUGUGGUUCAACGAAGAGGAAGACUUUGAUGAGGGUGAGGCGGUCGUACCCGCAGCGGCAGCAGAUCUUGUUCCUCCGGCUUCUGCUAAAAAAUCGUCGUCAACUUCAAAUUCUGCACUUAAUCCUGCUUUUGCAGAUUCUAAAAUCCACCAUCAGCAGCAGCAGCAGCAGCAGUCCGUGCUGAACAAUAAUACUGCUAACAAUAACAUUACCUCGCAACAAUCGCAAAUCAAUAGUACCACUACUACUACGUCGACGACGACGACGUCGACGAACGAAUCUCCGAUUACCUCGGAAAUCAGUCCGAAUUCACCAAUUGGUACUGUAGAAAAAAGUGGUAGCGGAUUAUUCAAGAAGGGUUUGGUGGAUUAUGAAGGCGACUCGGACGAGGAAGAUGAGGACACAGAAGUGACACCUUCGCCGAAGCGGCAGAGAUUGUCAUAGUAGGCAAAACGGAAGAGGACCGAACAAAUUUCGUGGUUUUUCAAUUGUUGCUACCAUUUCUGGCUCUCCUACGUACGGGAAGGUUUCGAUCGGGAGGUCGCACUGUCUCAACUAUUUCGCAACAGAUAAAGGACCAUUCUCUUUUAAGUGAGUGAACGUAAAACGAAGAAAUAUGUGUUUCGAAAAAUGUGGUGGACAUUGACAUACCUCUUUGUGCUGCUGGCUUGUGUAUAAAUACAUACGAGACGCAACAGUAUCGAACGCAGGUGGGUGAAUAGGGAAUAUAUGUCCGUGAAAUAGGAAUAUAUGUAAGUAAGAUUUUAAAAGAAAAAUGGAUUGAAGGAAGAUAGAACUUUCUUUAAAUGACGGCAUAUAUGUAAUUGACGAUAAAGUUGUGGCAUAAUAUUGUAUGACCACAUGUAUGUUAAAAAAAUAUUAAGAUUUUAACAUGAAAUAGUCCAUUCCACGCGUUUGUCUGGAAAACACACACCCCAUGUAAUAGGAGAAAAUUUAUUUCGCAAAUAGGCUAAGAAACUCUAGCCAGGCCUAGUGCUUCUUACAGAAGAGUCUACAGCCUCUAAGCGUGUGCUUAGGUUCGCGUAAUAAACUGUGACCAUACGUCAUAUUUACAGGUCUCAUUAAAAAAAAAAAACAACUUAUUAUGUAUAAAACAAAAAAAUUCACGUGAGACAAGUACACGACCGCACAAAAAAAACAAUUAAGUGUUUUUGUUUCGCCAUCCACAACAUUUCUUAUUCGCGCGACGGGCCAGUGGAUACCCGUUGUCAAUAAGUGGGAGGAUCGAGCACCACGAAAAUUCAUUGGAAAACGAUUCUUCAGUUUGUAUAUAUAUGUAUAUUUGUAACGAUUGUAAAACAACCAGUCGCGGGUAUAAGAAGCAGAUUCAUUCUAAAACAGAUUCAGUUCCCAUUUAAGGUUCUUCGAACGAGCUUUUCGGUUGUCAAUGUAAGUACUAGAAACUGUACAAUAAACAUAUUUGAUUUGUGUAUA